AAAUAUUGGUUGGAUGUUGGGAGAAGUGAGCUGGAAAAAGCUCUACAAUUAUCUAAAAAUGAAGGACUAGCUCGGAAUAUAAUCCUUGUUGUUGGAGAUGGGAUGAGUUUAAGCACAAUAUCUGCUGCUCGUGUAUAUAAGGGUCAGCAGGAAGGACGGGACGGGUCUAGCUCCAUGCUAUCUUGGGAGCACUUUCCUCAUCUUGGUCUCAGCAAGACCUACAAUGUUAACGCCAUGGUUCCUGAUAGUGCUGCAACCGCAUUCGCGAUGGUUUCAGGAGUAAAGACAAACUACUUUACAGUGGGGUUUGAUAACACUAUAAUAAAGGGGAGUCCAGAAUCCCAACUCAAUGCAACAAAGGUUGACACUAUUCUCCACUGGGCCCAGGAAGCAAAGAUGAAAACUGGUUUGGUUACUACAGCGAGGGUGACCCAUGCAACCCCAGCUGCCCUUUAUGCUAGAACUGCGCAUAGAGAUUGGGAAUGUGAUAGAAAAAUGCCAGAGCUUAGACCAGCUAAGGUUCGAGAUAUAACCCAGCAACUAGUUGAGGAUGCUCCUGGGAAGGAUAUAGAUGUAGUUCUAGGAGGAGGCCGAGGUUCUUUUACUCCAGCAGAAUACGAGGAGCAGCUGAUGCUGUUUUCACCAAGUCAUCAAAUAAGCUUUAACCAAGGAAUCAGUAAAUUUGACUGUUCUCGGCUAGACAACAAGGACCUGGUGGAAAAAUGGCAGAAAUUAAACAAAAAUGGCGGAUUUGUCCAAACCAAAUCUGGACUUAACAAUCUUAACUACACCGGGGUUGAUAAACUAUUAGGAUUGUUCAGUUGGUCUCACAUGCCGUAUACGGACGAACUGACGACAGGGUUGGAUAUCCCUAGUCUCUCAGAGAUGACAGGGGCAGCGCUAGAUUUUCUUCAAAACAAGAGCACUGAUGGAUAUUUUCUGAUGGUUGAAGGAGGAAGAAUAGAUCAUGCUCAUCAUGAAGGAUCAGCAGUCAGAUCAUUGAGUGAAACUCUAGAGCUGGAUAGAACUGUAGAUCUCAUCAUGGAGAAAAUCAAUCUGAAGGAUACACUAGUUCUGGUGACUGCUGACCAUUCACACACAAUGACCAUGGGUGGAUAUCCUGGCAGGGAAGCCGAUAUCACAGGUGUAGUGAAAGGGGACGAUGGUUGGAUUAUGAAGGGAAUGGAUGGACACCCUUUCCCUAUACUAGGAUACGCCAACGGACCAGGUUUCCUUAAUCUCAGAGUAAAAGAGAACCAGACAAAGGGGAACUGGGAGAGUAUAGAAAGAUCGAAUAAUUUAGCUGAAGGAGAUUCUGCCCAUUAUGCGUACAAUCAACCAAGUGGGAUUCCCUUGAAAACGGAAACGCAUGGUGGAGAUGAUGUAGGUAUCUGGGGUAUAGGUCCUCUCACACAUCUUCUUCAUUCUACACAUGAACAAACAUAUAUAGCUCAUCUGAUGUCCCUGGCUGGUUGUAUUGGUCCGUACAAAGAUACCCCUAGAUGUACAGCACUACAUAGAACAUAAACUCUACAGCAUUAUCUACAAAAUAAACUGUACAGCACUACAUAGAAAAUAAACUCUACAGCACUACAUAGAAAAUAAACUCUACAGCAUUAUCUACAAAAUAAACUGUACAGCAUUAUCUACCUAGAAAAUAACCUGUACAGCAUUACCAAGAAAAUAACCUGUACAGCAUUAUCUAAAAAUAAACUGUACAGCAUUA